CUAGCGGCGGGCGGUGAGUUGGGAAGUAGGGUCGUCUCCAACUUAGCGUCCUGCUCGUGGUUUUCCUUAUGGAUCUGAUUCGGAGCUUCCACGGCAAACUGCGGUCUCUGGCCGUCACCCUAGACUGCGAGACCGUCCGGCUGCAGAGAGCGCUAGACGGAGAGGAAAGCGAGUUUGAAGAUUUUCCAAUGCGAAUUUUACAUGACCUUCGUUCAGAAGUCCAGGUUCUAAAGGAUGAUGUCAGUAUUCUUCUUGAUAAAGCACAGUUGGAAAGUCAAGAAAACAUUGGUUUCAUAAAAGCAACAAAAGUACUGAUGAAAAAAAAUUCAUUGGAUAUCAUGAAAAUUAGAGAGUUUUUCCAGAAGUAUGGUUAUAAUCCACGUGUCAAGAAAACUUCAGUGGAUGAACAAACAGUCACUGACUGUAAACCAGAGUCCACUGAGCAUGAAAAUGUUAAGAAAUCUGAUGUGAAGGACGAUUUGUCUGAUCCUGCUAUUCCAGGCACUUCUGUUUCUGAGAAAUCUCCACGAAGUCCACAACUUUCAGAUUUUGGACUUGAGCGGUACAUGAUAUCCCAUGCUAUGCCAAGCUCUCUACAGUCAGUAAACAAUCAUAAGGAAGAACCAAAAAAUUUAACUCCAUCUUCCAAAGAGUCAUUAGUUAAAGUGCCAAAAACUCCAAAAUGUGCACUAAAGAUGGAUGAUUUUGAAUGUGUGACUCCUAAAUUAGAACACUUUGGUAUCUCUGAAUAUACUAUGUGUUUAAAUGAAGAUUACACAAUGGGACUGAAAAAUAUGAAGAAUAAAAGGGAUGAGGCCAUAGAAACAGAACCAAUAACCAAUGAUAAUUUCAUUGCCACUCCUGGCUUCAUAGUACAGAAGUUGGAAAAAAACGAUGCUGAAUAUACAAAUUCCCCCUUGGCUCCUACAUUCUGCACUCCUGGUUUGAAAAUUCCUUCUACAAAGAACAGUACAGCUUUGGUACCCACAAAUGAUCCAUUAUCAGAAACAAAUUGUUCAUCAAGUGGUUUGGACAUGAAAGACUAUACAUCAUUCUUCUUAAAUUCAGAUGAGUGCUUUCAGAAUUUUGCAGCUCCCUCCUCUCCUAAAAUUUCUUCUUAUGAGAAUCUUCUCAGAACACCUACACCUCCAGAAGUAACUACAAUUCCAGAAGAUGUUCUCCAGAUAUUAUCAAAAUACAACUCAAACCUAGCUACCCCAGUAGCAGUUAAAUCUGUGCCACCCAGCAAGGUGUUCCUUACUAAAUACAAAGAUCAGAACACCCAAGAUGUCGGCAACAAGGAAAACUGGUGAAAAACUUCCUGUAGAUUCAAUCAAAUGAGAUGAAACCAGAGCUGGACUGUCAUUCACAUCUUUCUACUUCUUUCCCUUUCUGAUGUCAAGUGUUCUUUUUAAUUAACCUUUAUAUGGUUUAAUAACAGUAUUAAUGACAUAGUUCAGUUAUUCUGUUUUAAUGAUCAUGACUGUUCUAUUGGUUUCAGAUUUACCCUGCCUAAUCUAACAGUGACUUAAGAAAUAUUAGCAAGCAGGAUAAAUAAUUUAAAUUUUAAAUGUUAGUU